CACUAAUUCUUUAUUUUUGUUUUGAACAUUUUUCCAUUCAUUUAUUCAUUCCGGUUUGCAUAGUGAAUACGUCUUCGUAUUGUCUUUAAGGAAUUAUUUCUUUAUACUUAGUACAAACUUAUUUAAAAGAAAAUCAAAUAUGAUAUUAUCGAGAUGUGUUAGUGCAGUUCUAGCGAGAAAUUCCAUUGGACUUGCUUCAAAACAUCAUGUGAAAGUUUUUGGGUGCAAUUUUUCAGUCAGUUCUCAUCAGAAUCAGUCAAAGAAAUCAAAAAUUUAUGGAUCGGCUGCUGAAGCUGUUGCUGAUAUUCCAGACGGUGCUAAACUUCUUGUGGGUGGAUUCGGACUAUGCGGCAUUCCAGAGAAUCUUAUUCAAGCACUCUUAGAAACUGGCAGAAAAGACUUUACAGCUGUGAGCAACAAUGCAGGAGUUGAUGACUUUGGUCUCGGACUGCUUUUAAAAGAUCGCCGAAUUAAGCGUAUGAUUGCAUCCUAUGUUGGAAAAAAUGCGGAAUUUGAAAGGCAAUAUUUAUCUGGUGAAUUGGAACUUGAACUUACUCCACAGGGAACAUUGGCAGAAAGAAUUCGCGCUGGUGGUGCCGGAAUUCCUGCAUUUUUCACACCAACUGGAGCAUUUACAUUAAUUCAUGAGGGUGGAAGUCCUAUAAAGUACAGCGGAAAGGGUACAGAUGUUGAAAUUACAAGCAGCAAAAGAGAAAUGAGACUUUUUAAUGGACGUCAUUAUAUCAUGGAAGAAGCCAUAACUGGUGACUUUGCACUUGUUCGUGCCUAUAAAGCUGAUGAGCUAGGAAAUUUGAUAUUCAGGAAAGCAGCUAGAAAUUUCAAUCCACCAAUGUGUAAAGCAGCAAAAAUCACAAUUGCUGAAGUUGAGGAAAUAGUUCCAGUUGGAGAUUUACAGCCUGAUGAAAUUCAUGUUCCUGGAAUUUUUGUCCAUCGUCUGAUUCGAAGUAAAUUCCAAAAGAGAAUUGAAAGAAUGACGAUCACAAAACCAAAGAAUAACAGCAGUAAGGAACCUUCAAAAGCAGCACAACUUCGUGAGAGAAUCGUUCGUCGCGUAGCUUGCGAAUACAAAGAUGGAAUGAAUAUUAAUUUAGGAAUUGGAAUUCCAAUGCUUUCGAGCAAUUUUAUACCAAAUGAUAUCACAGUUCAUCUUCAAUCAGAAAAUGGAAUUCUUGGACUCGGUCCAUAUCCAGAAGAAUAUCAAGUUGAUGCUGAUUUGAUUAAUGCUGGAAAGGAAACAGUCACAGUAAUUCCAGGAGCAUCUUACUUCUCAAGUGAUGACUCAUUUGCAAUGAUUCGAGGUGGACACAUUGAUAUUACAGUUUUAGGGGCUAUGGAGGUGUCGCAGUAUGGUGAUUUAGCUAAUUGGAUGAUUCCAGGGAAGCUAGUGAAAGGAAUGGGAGGUGCUAUGGAUUUGGUUGCUGCUCCUGGAACUAAGACUAUCAUUACUAUGGAACAUAACAGCAAGAAUGGAGCACCAAAGAUUUUGAGCCAAUGCUCACUUCCGUUGACUGGAAAAAGCUGUGUAGACUUGAUAAUCACAGAGAAAGCAGUCUUUUCAGUUGACAAGGAUGAUGGAUUAACCCUUAUGGAAUUGGCGCCAGAUGUUAAUAUGGAACAACUUGUUGCAUCAACCGGCUGUCCAUUUAAAAUUGCUGAUGAUCUUAAGCCUAUGAAACAGGUUUAAAUAAAUUUUGAAAGAUGCCAAAAACCUGAAAAUUCUGAUAAAGAUAGAAGCAUCGAUAAGAUUUUAAUUUUGUUAAGUUUUCGAAACAUUUAUUGAAAAUUGUGUGCCUUAAAACUAUGAAAUUUAAUUUUUUGAUAUUUUUUUCAUCGUCAAUAAAUGAUGUAUAUUUUUUUGCCCUUAACUUUCGUUAUCUGACUGUCGUUUUGCGU